UCACAACUUGUGCCACUUGGAUCCCUUUCUUUUAAUAAUAUUAUUAUCUAUACAACCGCCACGAGCAGUGUUCAACCUCAAGCUUGUGUGAGGCAUUAAUGCGGCAUGAGGAUAAUAACAACGAAGAGCCCGAUGUGUAUUGUGCUUUGGAACGACAUUAAAUGCGUCCGUUAUUGGGACUCGGAGUCCUCAUUCUCCGGCUGCAUUUGAAGGAGUCGCCUGAAUGCGUCGCGGCCGCGGUGACGCAAUCGGUCUGGGAAGGAUGAGCAGCCUCCGGAGGACACAGCCGCUGGAUUGAGACACGGCCGCGAACUCCCGGUUCGCAGCUGCCCAGCCGACAUGGGCUGAUGCUCGGGUUGUGUAUUCAUCAGCAUCCGGCCAAAGCAAAACAACUCGCGUCCGGGGGACCCGCACAGCUCCCCCUCCGCUCCCGCGUCCCGCUUCCGGCCCGGCGGGUUUGCGUGUGAGUAUGCGGCUUGCUCGCUGAACGAACCCGCGGAGCCGCCGCGGCUCAGCCAGCUGUUUUGGUGAGCGAGGCUCGCCGCCGGUGGCUAGCAGGCUAACGCCAACUCAAGCUAGCCGCCGGUAGCCGCCGGUCGCCGCCGGUCGCUCGGCCCCGUUCAGUUCCGCCUCCUUCGGACGCAGCGUUGUGUCCGGCGUCUGGCGCCCCCCGUGUUGGCGAAACGUCGUUUCUCGUAGUUCGCUGCGGUGACGUGGACGACCCGGGACCGCUAGCUCGGGUGAACGGGUCUACGCGGCUUUGACGUGACGUUAAAAGGCCGAAGCCGUGGUGAUUACGUCACCCUGGUGGACACGAGGACGGGUCACUGCCCGGAAACCAUGUUCACGAGCAGCACGCGGGGGUGAAGGGCUGUGCAGCGACGCCCUCCAGGCUGCGCUACGGUGCCGAGCCCCCCUGCAGGGCCCCUGCUGGGGCCCUGCAGGGGCCUCCAGGUGGACUGACCUUCCCUCUUAAAGAAACGAUGGGCCGUCGCUUCUCUUUACUUAAUUGACAGUUUCUUGCCACAGUUUGGAUUAGAACGGUGGUGGAAUAGACGUCUUCUCCUACAGGACUGAGCACAACUGAUGGCCUCAAACAUAAAUCCCACAAAUGAACUCUGGACAAGGCGCACCUGUUGAUGGAAACCAUUGCAGGUCACCACCUCGUGAAGCCGGUUCAAAGAAUGAGUGUGAAGAAAUCACAAAAAGCUGGAGGAGAGAAGCACCAGUCGUCUUCUUACUGCUCUAAUAACCACGGUGAGAUGGACGUGUCUCCGUGAGGAGUCUGACCGUGUGAACGCAUGAACGGAUCCGGAGCACCGGCCCUUCGUCGCCCCACAGAGGAGUGACAGUGUCCUUGCCCGGCCCGCUGGGAGAGGACCAUGGCCCUGAGUGACGCCUGCGGGGACCCUCCGGCCCUCAGCAAUGCCCCCUCCAACAUCAGCACUCCGGCCGGCGGCGGCCGGGACCCCCUCUUAGCCCCCCCGGCAGACGGCGCGGCACCCAAAGCGCCGCAGAGUUCGCACGUCGUCCAGAGAGCGAACAGGCCGAGCCCAAACGGCGGUGUGGUUAAACAGAACGGCUCCCUGAGGACCCUUCCCCCGGCCGCCUCCCCCCCGCCGCCCACGGACCCCCACAGGCCGGCCAGACGCAAUGGUUCCUCCUCGCCGGCCUCUUCCUCCCCUUCUCUGCAUCCCCCGCCGCUCUGCUGCCAGCAGUGUCACUUCCUCCCGGCCGCCUGCUGCCCGUGCGGACAGCAGGAGUGCCCGCUGUUCCAGACCCCGCCUCCAGGGCCGGGGGCCGGCUCCGCCCCCCACCCGGGAUCCGCCCCGUCCUGCCAGUGCUGCCUCCCCGCCUGCACGUACUCUCACCACCGUCCCCCUCACCCUGCCUCCCCGCUCGGCCUCCAGCACCAGCAUCACCAGCGGUGGCAGGAGCACCUCCAGAACCAGGCUGCUGGAAUCAGCCCCCCGAGGCCUUUUCGAUUCCCCAAAAGCUACGCCGAGCUGAUAGCCGAUUGGCCCGUGGUGGUGCUGGGCGUGUGCACGGUGCUCAUCGUGGUGUGUGCCCUCGUAGGCAUCCUGGUGCCCGACCUGCCCGACUUCUCCGACCCACUGCUGGGUUUUGAGCCACGGGGAACAGCCAUUGGCCAGCGACUGGUCACAUGGAACAACAUGGUGAAGAACACCGGCUACAAGGCCACGCUGGCCAACUACCCCUUCAAAUACGCUGAUGAGCAGGCCAAAAAUCACCACGAACCCAGGUGGCCCAAGGACCACAGUGAUAGAGACAAACGACAAGCAGAGUGGGACUUCAGUAAAGAGUUCUUCUGUGAUGUGCCAAGUGACCGUUACUCUAGACUGGUGUUCACAUCAGCUGAGGGGAAGAACCUGUGGAGCAUCCAGGCCAUCAAAUCUAUGUGUAAUCUGGACAACUCGAGGGUGCGUUCCCACCGCGACUACUGGAGUCUGUGCCAGCGCACCAAUGACGCCUCCUGCUGUCCGAGCUGGACACUCGGCAACUACGUCGCCGUCCUCACCAACAGGUCGUCCUGUCAGAAGAUCACAGAGCGCGACGUGACUCACACGCUCAAGAUUCUGCGAUCGUGCGCCAAGCACUACCACAACGGCACGCUGGGACCAGACUGCUGGGACAUGGCCCUGCGCCGCAAAGACCAGCUCAAGUGUGGCAGCGUGCCCCGGAAGUGCACCAAGUACAACGCCGUCUACCAGAUCCUCCACUUCCUGGUGGACAAAGACUUCCUCAGUCCCAAGAGCCUGGAGUUCCCCCCGUCCGUGCUCAAGCACAGCAUGCUCUUCUCGCCCACAGAGAAAGGCGAGUCCAUGAUGAACAUCUACUUGGACAAUUUUGAGAACUGGAAUUCGUCAGACGGCAUCACCACGGUCACGGGGAUCGAGUUUGGCAUCAAACACGACCUGUAGGACUACCUGCUCACGGACACCGUGUACCCCGCCAUAGCCAUAGUGAUCGUCCUGCUGGUCAUGUGCGUGUACACGCGCUCCGUGUUCAUCACUUUGAUGACGAUAAUAGCCAUCAUCAGUUCGCUGAUCGUGUCCUACUUCCUGUACCGACUGGUCUUCAACUUUGAGUUCUUCCCCUUCAUGAACCUCACAGCCCUCAUCAUCCUGGUCGGCAUCGGCGCCGAUGACGCCUUCGUGCUCUGCGAUGUGUGGAAUUACACCAAGUUCGACAAGCCGCGCGCCGAGCUGUCCGAGACGGUCGGUGUGACGCUGCAGCACGCCGCGCUGUCCAUGUUCGUCACCAGCUUCACCACCGCCGCCGCCUUUUACGCCAACUACGUCAGCAACAUCACCGCCAUACGCUGCUUCGGUGUCUACGCGGGCACCGCCAUUUUGGUGAACUACAUUCUCAUGGUGACCUGGCUGCCGGCCGUGGUGGUGCUACACGAACGCUACCUGCCCAGCCUGUUCCCCUGCGCCAAGCCUGCGGAGCAGCAACGGGGCUGCUGCACCCGGACGUUCUGGGCGGGUCUCUGUCAGAAGGCCAACGACUGCCUGUCCACUGUCUCCGAAGGGUCCCAGACCUUCUUCGAGAAGGUGCUGCCCUGCGUCGUCAUCAAACUGCGCUACCUGUGGCUCUUCUGGUUCCUCGCCAUCACCGUGGGCGGGGCCUAUGUGGUUUGCGUCAACCCGAAGAUGAAGCUGCCGUCUCUGGAGCUGGCCGAGUUUCAGGUGUUCCGCUCCUCGCACCCGUUCGAGCGCUACGACGCCGAGUACAAGAAGCUCUUCAUGUUCGAGAGGGUUCAUCACGGCGAGGACCUCCACAUGCCAAUCACCAUCAUCUGGGGCGUGUUGCCUGUGGACAACGGCGACCCCCUGAACCCAAAGAACAAAGGAAAGCUGAUGCUUGACAGCAGCUUCAACAUUGCCAGUCGGGCUUCUCAGCAGUGGAUUCUCAACUUCUGCCAGAAGCUGAGAAAUCAGAGCUUUGUGUUCCAGUCAGAGGAGCAGGACUUCACCAGCUGCUUCAUUGAGACGUUCAAACAGUGGAUGGAGAACCAGGACUGUGAACCUGAGCCUUCCGUAUACCCCUGCUGCAGUCAGUCCACCUUCCCCUACAAGCAGGAAGUGUUUGAGCUGUGCAUCAAGAGGGCCAUCAUGGAGCUGGACCGGAGUACCAACUACCAUCUGGACAGCAAGACCCCUGGACCUCGAUUCGACAUUAACGACACCAUUAGAGCCAUAGUGUUGGAGUUCAAGAGCACCUACCUCUUCACCCUGGCCUAUGAGAAGAUGUACCACUUCUACCUGGAGGUGGACGCCUGGAUCGCCGAGGAGCUGCGGUACGCUCCGGCAGGCCUCAGCCACGGCUGGUUCAUCAGCAACCUGGAGUUCUACGACCUCCAGGACAGCCUAUCGGACGGCACCCUGGUUGCCAUGGCGCUGUCUGUGGCCGUGGCCUUCAGCGUGAUGCUGCUGACCACCUGGAAUGUCAUCAUCAGUCUGUACGCCAUCUUGUCGAUCGCCGGCACCAUCUUCGUGACGGUGGGCUCCCUGGUGCUCCUCGGCUGGGAGCUCAACAUCUUGGAGUCCGUCACCAUAUCCGUCGCAGUUGGGCUCUCCGUGGACUUCGCCGUCCACUACGGCGUGGCCUACCGGCUCGCCCCUGAGCCCGAUCGCGAUGGAAAGGUGAUUUUCUCCCUCAGCCGCAUGGGCUCUGCCAUCGCCAUGGCAGCGCUGACCACCUUUGUCGCGGGGGCCAUGAUGAUGCCCUCGACCGUCCUGGCCUACACCCAGCUGGGCACGUUCAUGAUGCUGAUCAUGUGCAUCAGCUGGGCCUUUGCCACCUUCUUCUUUCAGUGCAUGUGCCGCUGCCUGGGGCCCCAGGGGACCUGUGGCCAGAUCCCCCUUCCCAAGAAGAUGCAGUGUCAGGUGUUCUCCGAGGUCACGUCCACAUGCCCCUCACCUCGAGGGAAAGGCUCCAGCCUCGGAAAGUACCAGCUGGGUAACAGCGACGGGGAGGUGGAGCAUUAUGAGUUGGAGCCCCUGGCCUCGGGUCAGAAGCCUGAAGGUGAGGAGCAGCAGGAGGAGGGUCCUCAGCCACGCGACGCCCCGGGCUCUCACUCCCACCACGAGAGCCAAGCGGGGGGCGGUAGAACCGGGCCUUCCAGGGUCCAGUGCGCUCAAAAUGCUAACGGCGCCUGCGGGGAGCCCUGUCCUGCUCAUCACCAGCCUCAGUGGUGGACCCCCCACUGUGCUCCGCCUCCAAAGGACACUGCUUCCUGCCCGCCCCCCCCACAGCUCUCAGGAAAGACCCAGGGUUCACAAAACCCACCUCUGCUCCCCACAGACCUGGACCCGGCCCACACAGAGUGCCGUAUGCACUAUGUCCACUGCCUCCCCACCCAUUUCCACCAUUGCUCACAGGGGAGAGUAGUGCCCCCCAGGCAAGGACCUGCCCACAGCUGCCAUUUCAGGAAGUAUUGCGUCCACAAGGCAACCCUGCAGGCUGGUUCUGGCAGAGAGCAGGGGUCCACCGCCGCGGCUUUGACCCACGACGUGGACCCGCCCCCCCCCUCCGAGCCCGUCGCACACGAGCACGACCAGACACACGAGGCGGGGGCCCCGAGCCUCGGCGGCAGCCGAACGGCCAGCACCGCGUCCCCGACACGGCCUCAGACUCUGUGCCCCUCCUCCCCCUCGCCGAUGGGAGGGGACAGUGGCGGCGAUACGCACGCCUCCACCACGUCCACAGACCCCCCCCCGCAAACGGACGCUUGUUGUAGGAUCUCUGGCAACCAGGAGAAGCUCAAAGGUUUGAAAAGCGUCAAAAAGUGCAAGAGGAGUUCCAGAAGCCGGCGGGCGUCCGGCGCCUCCCCCAAGAAGCUCUACUGCUUCAACAGGACGUUGAAAGUCAAGUGCAACUCAGCGUCAGAGUCCAACGCGCCGAGGACCGAAACCAGCGCGCCUCCUUCCGCCGCCGCCAACCCGUCUUCUGAGAGCUUAUGUUGAUCACAAACCGCUGUGUUACAGCGUAAAAACACAAGGAGUGACACACAAUGUGUGCGAUCACAGUGUUUGCACCAAGUGCCUCAAGGUGCUCCACAAAGCAGCACGGACCUACUCGAUACAUCUGCUCGCUCAGCAGGUGGCUACGUGCCACAUUAUGGGUCGCUAAAGAUACGUCAUCGAGGGAAAACACGGGUGUUUCCCCAAAAGUGUUUAACGUACUCGCACAGCCUCCCUUCACACCGACCUGAUGAGUCUAAUCAGCCGGAAGGAAAACGUGCCACGUUUCUAAAAGGGCUUUUUUCCCCGUCGGAGCCGAGUGUUCAAUCCUGUCCUCAUGCCUCAGAUAAAAGAUGUACUGUGUGAAUAAAGUACAUUUUAUUUUAUCA